GUUUUUGCGCUCGCAGUGGUCGGUUCGAAGUUCCGGAGUUGGUCUUUCGCGCGUUUCGGUGCAAACGCACCGUUUUUUCUCCUGCCUACCACCCUACCUAUAUACAGAUAGAUAUAGAUAGAGGUGCCCGUUUUUUCUAACCCGUCUCGUGUGGUGAAGAAGAAGAGCAGUGGUGCAGUUCGAAGCUGCUACUCUAGCAAGAUUCUAUAGAACACUGUAUCGGAAUCGAACUGGUGUACUAAACAGAAGGUGUGCUGUGCCGCUGAAUGUAGUCAUCAACAGCCAGAAGUCACGUUAGAAGAAACAAAUAAAAAUAGUAACCGCGAAAGGGAAUAUGGCAAACAUGGUUUUAAAAAUAGUCUCCCGACGUAGAGGCUAGUCGAGCAAAUCGGUGAACGACGUCGAAGAAAGACCAGAGGAGUGUUUAGGAGUGUACGUUAGGGAUCUUUCUGUAUACAACACCGAUACAGAGCAGGCCUAGAGAUUUCUCUCGGUUCUUCUUUGCAAAUGAUGAGCAAUCACAAGAAUGUUCAACUGUGUUGUCGUGUUGUGUGGGGUCGAGGAAAAUAGGGCAACCGGAAUAAGAAGAAGAGCAGAAGAGAUUAAUCCCGCUUCGUUGUUGUAAAUGUGUGAGAGUUUUUCCCAAAUCACUCUAAUCGAGCAGCAACGCAGCAGUAAUAUCAACAACACUGCGAAGAAGAUAGUAAAUGCAAAUAUUGCAAGGUGCCCGUCCAAAACAUCAUCAAGCGAACGGAAGUAGUGCAGCGAAGAAUUAGGCACCAGCUCCAGACAUCCCGAAUCGAUAACCGAUUUCGGUGUCCUCAACAAUUUAGUCUAGGUGAAAAGUGAAAAAGCCAAUCGGAAUCGUACGGAAAUCGGUUCGCCAAAACAAAUUUUCCUCUCCUUGUGUACGAACAGCAAGCAAACUUCAACAAUUUGCCAGUGCGCGCAUUAGUUACGUAACGAACACCUUCAGCCGAGAUUUUCUCGGUAGCUGCUCCUCCAUAAAAAUAAUUGUUGGAGACCCGCAACGAUUCAACGACGAUCUAACCAAAAUAGAGCAUAGUGAGCAAAGUGAGUGAGUGAUAAUAACCGAGGAAUCCAUCGAUUCUAAACAAGGAAAGUGAUUAAGUUCGUCGAAAGAGUUUUUCUUAAAUCCCUCGAAUUUCCUCUCUAGUGGUAAAAUUAAUAAUGAGAAGUAUUAUUGGUCCCGAAACGAAAACUACCAACAACAUCAAUAACAACAACGUAUUGUUAUUAGAAGAUCAAGAAAAGGGGAUGUGGUGGUACGACGGAUGAUUUGUUGCUGUGGUGUUUUUUCCUACACACGGUUGGGGGUUUUUUUUCUAAUUUCUUGCGCUAGUGUGUUGUGUGCUGUCUGUUGGGAUUUUUUUUUCGGUGAGGAACGAACCUCUUGAAACUUGAACGGAAGCAAAAGGUGGUGGCAACCAACGAAAUUUUCCUUCUUCUUGGAGUUGCUGCAUGCUGGCUGCGUUGGCUGAUUAUUUUGGAGAUAUUUUCCUUUCAUUAACCAAUAAGAAAGCUUGUUGUACUACUGUCAAGCAAGCAGGCAGGCAAAAGAAAAGCAAGAAAGCAAACAAACGUUCGCAGACCAUGAGUACUGGUCCCGCGCAAGUCACAGUGUUGCCAUCCUCAUCAUCCAAUAGUAGUAACAGCAAUAGUAAUAACAACAACAGCAACAACAAUAACAGCUGCUCUCCCGGUCACAACAGCACCUCGUGCACCGUCAUAACGCAAUCAUCACAAUCGCAACAACCACCACUAUCAUCAUCAUCAUCGUCAUCGCCAUCAGCACUAGCUUCGGCACUCAUCGGCACUUCCAAAAUGGCGACUAGCGCAAUUUCGGCGGCGGCGGCGGCGUCAGUGGCCACGGCAAUCGGUGCUAGUAUACCCGUGAGCUGCGACACCUCCUCCACGACCUCCGCUUCAUCAGCAGCACAACAAUCGUCAACAACGAUAUCGUCUCCAGCAGCUGCUGCCUCGACCGGUAUGCUGAUUGCCAACAAUAAUAAUAACAAUAGUGGCAACAGUGGUAACAACAACAACAGCAGCUGUAGUGCCAACAACAGUGUUGCCAGCGGCAAUAAUCAAACGUCCAAUGUGACGGCUGCUGUGACUUCGCAACAGCCGAAAGAUUCCGGAGCACUGGAAUCGGCAUCGGUAACGACAACGACUGCUUCUGAUCCACUCAGUAGACAUAAUAGUCUCGGCGGCAAACAACGGAGUCUCGGCGGCAAAGGCAAGCAUUUAACCCGCAGUCACGCCAUGCGGGAAUCAACUUCCCCUCCCCGAACGCCCACGCCGCGGUCCCCAAUUGAUCCGCAACAAACGAAUCAACAGACGAAUAACAACAAUUCGCUCAGCAUAUCCGGUGGCUGCGGCGAACCAGGUUCCUCCCCCUCCCCCAACAACGGAAACAGCAGCAUCCACUCGCCUGUCUCGAACGAAUCCCGAUCGUUUAACAACAGUAGUAAUGACUACAACAGUAGCACUAACAACAACAACAACAGCAGUUCAACCGGUUCAAUCGUCUUCUAUGGUUCCGGAAGUGACGAGCGGGGUGGUGGCAAAAGUCAGCUGGAUCUGGACUUUCCCAAGCUCACACCCCCAAAGUCGACCUUCCAACAUCAGCAGACGAACAAUGGCGGUGGCAAAAAUGGUGGCCGUAACGGCAAAGGUGAUCACCAAGAAAGUGGCAAGAAAGGUUGCGAUCCAGCAUCAGCUUCUGGUCAUGAUCUGAAAGAGUCCUCCGGCAAGUCCCCGACGACAAUGUUGCUGGACCCCACUGGUGCAACUGAACUACCGUUCAAAUCCGGAAACGGAAACAACAAAAGUAGCAACCAGAACAACACAUCGUCAUCGUCGCCAGUAUCAUCAAAUAAUAACUAUUGUGAUAACGAGAAUCGUAAUCUGCGUGAGGUUAAUUGUAGUGCUAAUAGUAAUGAUUCUAACAAUCAGAUUAAUAUACAAUUUUCACAUGAGGAAAAUCGAUAUAUACAAUGUGAAAGUCCUACUGAUAGCCUUAUAAGAAAUAAUAGUAGUUCUAAUAGUAAUAUUAACAGUAGUGCUCAUAACAAUAAGAAACACCGAAUGGGUGGAGGAAAUGCUGGAGGAGGUGGUGGAAUGGUAGGAGGAAUGCCCGGCGGCGGAGGAGGAGGAAAUCUCACCGGCAAGGGUAACAAACCCCGGCUCAAACAUCUGAGCGGCGGUUCCUCGUCUAGUGUCGAUGGAUGUCCCGGGGGUGGCGGAGGACCAUCGGCGGAAUUCCUCUCCCGGGACAACUCCUGCGAACAGUUCACCGAUCAGAGCGGCGUCAAUCUGAUUCAGUUUUUCAAGGAAACUCUGAACAAAAACUUUAAAGAUCGCAACAUGCUCAUGAAAAUCGAAAAGGAAUUGCUAGCCCUGGCCAUGGACCGGAGCCGGAGUCAGAUCAAGUUCCCGCCAAUGUCUUCCUACAACCGGAUGCUGAUCCACCGGGUGGCGGCCUACUUCGGCAUGGAGCACAACGUGGACGCGACGCAACAGAGCGUGAUCGCCGAGGUGACGCCGGCCACCCGAAUACCGGACAUCCGGUUCAAGACGCUGAUCAACGAAAGCUUCUCGGACGAGCCGAGAAAAUCGAUUCUAAAACGAGAUACCCAUAGUUUUGACGAGUACCGAUACGGUUUGCUGCACUGUCCGGACCGGGGCGUGCUGGACCGGAAGGCCAAAAGUUUCGAGGAACGGGAGGAGGAGUACGAGAAGGCGAAGCGAAGGAUUUUCAAGAACCGCGAGGACGGCGGUUCCGAAGAGCAGUGGCAGUGGCUUUCGGCAGAAAAUGCCGAACCGAUGAACGGACGACCCAAGCUGCAGAACAAUCGGCUCCUGAAGGUACAAUCAGUGUCAAUCGAAGGUCGAUCCGACGAGCGACCGUGCGUGUCCAAAUCGCACAGCUUCGGAGGCUAUGGUGGAUCCUCGCAGAACGCAUCACUGCUGCGAGGUGACUCGAUCACGUCGACCAAAAGCGCCGGCGCCCGGCUUUUCUCCAAGCAGGACUCGAACGCCAGCACCAACACCCCGUGGCGAUUAUCCCCGUCCAGUAGCGGAUCUUACUUCACCUUCCACAGCUACAAGACACAAUCGAUCCGAUCGGAUUCGGUUACCCCGUCGCCGACCGGAUACGGCAGCGGUGAUCACACGCCGGAACCGUGCAUCCAAUCGCCCUCGUCUACCUGCGGUGUGGUGUGGGCUGUCACGGAUAUGGCCAGCGUACCGAAGGGCAGCGUACUCAUCGAUCCCCAAACUCUGCAGCCGAUCGUGAAUCAAGAUGGAUCAAUCUAUCACUACGAUCCAUCGAAUCUGCCAGCGACGGCCAACCUGCCGGGUACCAAUGCCCGGAAUCAAAGGAAAAAAUUCGAAAAACAAAAGUCCUUCAGCAAUCGGAACCCCAUGAAUAGCAGUAGCUCGCUGGAGAGCUCAAUCGAUAUACCGCUGAACAAGAACGAUUGCGGCCAGCAAACCGGCGGCAGCACAACCACCACAAUUGCCGAAGAGGUCGGCAGUGAACUCUGCUAUGACAUGACAACCGGCACCGUUAAGAUAAGUACCAAAGAUAAUCACGAAAUGGACGAAAACUCUAGUCUCUGCGAGGAAAUCUCCCAGACAACCAAUGAACUCAGUACGUUUAAGCUUCAAAAGCACCAAGCAACUAGUCCCAUGCUGCAGGCCAGCGAAUUACAGCCUUUAGAGCUAAGUGAGAUUCAACUCAAUGCCAACCACGAGGAUCGUGGUUCUCUCGAAGCCAUAACGCCCACAGGAAUGACCGACUCUGAUUCGGUUGCAACGCUAAUGGUGGCGGUUCCUAGCUCCUCGGAUCUAGGUCUUAAAACCGACUCACAUCACCCACCGCAACAUCACGUUCAACAAAUGCCGCUGGACGAAGGCGGCAACGACGGGGCCAGUGAACAUUCCCAGGAUACCUUGGACAAUGGCGGCAAAAAAGACGAUGUUACUAUUUCCGGUGGUAAGAUCAGCGUGGUGCCAACAGUUCCUAUGAUGAGCUACUCGAACUCGGUGACGCCCAACAGUGGCUACACGGUAAAUUUCGACAAUGGCAGCGGUACGCCCGGCGUCUCCGGAACGACGGCAGUCUACACCUCCGGAACACCGGGAAUGUCAACUACAUAUCAGACUGGGCCCGACGGCACAAUCUACGCGGUACCUUCACCACUAGUCUACACAUAUCCUUCGACGAUGGACCAGGAAAUGUCCGGCUACUUCGUUCCUGUCUACGAUCAGCAGCGGGGUGAAACGAGUCUGUGUACUGCGACCGGAGCCCCAUUUUACCAUCCCUCGGCAGCCGGUGCUACAUCGACGACAGUAUUACCCAUAGCGUACACUCCGGCUACCGCGGCAGCCUACAGUGGUGCACCGAUCUACCAGAACCCGACCACGGCGGUCAUGUACUCGUCGGACCAGUUCAGCGGUGGCGCACCGGGUGCAUCCUCGGCGGCAGCCGCAGCAGCAGCCGCUGCUGCAGCUGGAUCACUGCAACAGUACCCCAUCGGUUACCCUAUCGGCAUUGGGUAUCCAUUCAACAACACAGCCUACCAAAACUACUGGAACCAGCCAAUCACGUAUUAUGUUCCUCAAACGCCAGUCCCUUCGGCUGGAAGUACACCACUGAUAAUGCCCCCGCCAGUACCGCAGACUCCUACCAACAGUGGUAUGAUAGGUGCGGCCCCAAACUCGCUUUCGGGAAAACGGAAUUCCACGCCACCCGGCCAUGGUUCCCAUUCGCAGAACCAAAGUCAAAGUGCAUCGGUUACACCGGUCCCAAUAUCACCCUUUGCGACCAACAUACCGGUCCCGAUGGCAGACCCUAGCGGUGGAGGUCCUCUCUACGCUAUCCCUCAACCUAUCUACUCCAAUAUGCUUCCAUUUGCUGCUGCUGGUCCUAUGACACCCCAUCAUCAUCCUCACCACCAUCCGGCUGGCGGUGGAACAAUAAUGAACCCAGUACUUCCCACUGCCACUGCAGCUGCCAGCACCGGAUACCACACUCAUCCGCACUCUGCACAGUCCAAUCAGUCGGGCAACCCGGAUUCACUGAACUCGAGCAACGGAUCGUCCCAUAAUAUCUACUCCAAUAGCAACCAUACCCACAACAACAACGCCCCAACUCCUCAGUCAACCCCCGGUACGCCACUUUCGUUGCCCCUGUCGCUGCCACCUCAUGCCAAAAAUCCGCCUCUAUUCGCCACUCCCCCGAUCCUUUCCAACGGGUACACCCCACAACAGAUGGGCGGCGGGCCCUCUUCGAGUGGUAAUGCUGGUCAUCACCACUAUCAUUCCAACAAUGGUGGCGGAAACAACAAUAGCUAUGAAGACCGCAAAAGCAGUGGUUCCAGCGGAGGCUACCAAGGCAAACGGUCAAACCAAUCCGGUGGCAACUACUUCAACUACAGUAACAACAACAACAGCCGACAGAUGACUCCCAACAGCAGCGGCGGAAGUGGCAGCUACCAAGGAACUUCUGGUCCCAAGAACUCCGGCGGCUUCGCCAACACAACCAACAAUACAGGGAACAAUCACAACGCUAACAACAAUGCCGGCGGAACGCUGAUGCUAGGAGGUCAACCCCCGAAAACCGGUCAGCCCCGGGCCGAAAGUCAACCGAACAUGACCAAACCGCCACUGAUACCAACAUUACCAAACAGUAACAAUAGCACUAAUAGCAGUAAUACCAACCCUAGCGAUAAGUCGUCGUCACGCAUCAACCGUUCAUCCAAACCACCCAAUCUAGACCUAAAGCGGAACUUUAGCAAUUUUAACGUCAACAACAACAACAACAGUAGAAACACACCGAGCACAAACUCGACGGAGAGCAACAAUUCACCAAACAGUAUUACAUCGUCAUCGGUGCACGAACAUUCGCAUCAUUCGCACCAUCCAUCGCAGCAGCAGCAGGGGCACCACCAUCACCCGGCACAUGGCUCCUUUUACGCUGCUCAACAGCAGCAACAAGCAACGGCGGGUGGCCCCCCUCCUUACUACCACCACCAACACCAUCACCACCGGGGUGGUAGCGUCGGAAGUAAUAGCGGGGCUGCGGCUGCCGCUGUCGCCGGUGGUGCCGCCGCAGCCGGUGCUGGAGCUGCCAUUGCUGCCGCUGCCGCCCACACUAUGCCCACGUCGAAUACCAUCCAAACGGCGGUGGCUGCUGCGGCCUGUGCCGCCGCCAUCGAACCGUACCAUUCGCAGUUGAUACCGCUGAAUGCUGCCGGCAUGUCGUACGUCAAAAUAGGCCAGACGUAUUUCACCCAUCCAUCUCUGGCGCUGCCACCGAGCCGACGGUCACCCCCGAACGAUAUACGUCCAAUUGCUGGGGUCUACCCGACCAUGAACAUGGUGAUGCCUGCAACACGUCAGUUCACGCCACGUCCACAGCACAGCAACAGCUACAAGGGUACCAAGGCGCCGAGAUAAACUAAUGAUAUCAACAGUCAAAAGAUAUUCGCUGCUUGUAUAGCCCCUUAGGGGCCACGUAAGGAAAAUUUCCAAACGCUAGCAAAAAAAAACUAACGCUUCACUGAUAAAAACAAGAAACCAAAAAAAAAAACAGACACACUUACUAAAAGCAAGUGUCCAAACGGAAGUGUGAUAUUGAAACAAGUUGAAAAAAAAAACAAUGAAACGCACUAUUUAACAACGCUAAUCGCUAGGUGAUUAGAAUCACACCCCGACAAAAUGAAAAAUUUCUUACAUCUAAAACCAACAAUGCUGAAAGCAAGCUAAAGAAGAAAAACGAUUUAAGCAACUGAAACAACCAUAUGAAAAGCCAUGUGUAGAAUAUGUUUUAAAAACAACUGAAACUCGUACUUUUAAGCGUACCUACCCAUUCUUCAUAUGUUCAGUCUCUCAGUAGUAGAAAACUGCUUAUACCUACCUAUAUUGUGUAAACAGCAGCUACGCGCGAAAGGUGUAGAAUUAUACCACGUAUAUUAUCGCAUUGAACAAGAGUCCUACAUUAUAAAAAACAGUAAAGGUCGAUACGAUCGAAUUGAUUACCCGUGCAUAAUUGCCAUUCAUUUUAAAUUGAUAAAACUAAAAGAAAAAUCAUAGCCCAGCAAAACGAAACUACUAAACUUAUACCAAAUCUACCAUGGACCCACGAUAAGACAGAUUACCAUGUUUAAAACAAUAGUAAACUGAAGAAAACAAUGAACCACUUGUUGAGAAUUAUCUUUGAUUAGCAACCUUUGGUUGCUAAAAGACAAGCAAGUUGUCUAGAAAAUAAUCGCUCUCCCAGUGAUUCAAGCAAAGCUCUAUGCUAGCAUAUUACUUUAAGUAAUUAACUAAUUUUUAAACGCGGGAUAUGUUAAAGUUGAAGAGCAUGCGUUAUCGUAUGAGAGCAUGGGCCGAAACGAGAAAAAGAAAAGCAAAGCUCGCCGCACAACCUACACUAACAGUGAAACAGUGAUCAACAAACAAAAAACAAAUCAACGGAAAAGGGAAAAGGGGGAAAGACAUUGCGGCUAGUAGACCAAACUAGUUGAAGAUGUAAUUGUUGAUAGGUGGAUAAGGAAGGAAUAAAAUAUAGGAAAUGAAUCCGAACAAACUGCCGCCCACAAAAAAAGGAGAACAAAAACCAAACCAUUUAAGAGAAAUCCAACCAUCAGCAGUAGCGAAAAUAGAAACAUCCUAGUUUACAUCCAAUCGAGGAAAAAAAUGUCACCUCUCUAGAACUAACUGUUACUCUCGAAAGGGUAUAUCUAAGCCAUAUAGGAAGUCGAAGUAAAAAAAAUCGGAGCUUACAUAGUCAGAGAAACCAAAAAGAAAAAAAAAACAAACAAGUAUGAUCCACUAGUGAAAAUGAAUACCAAAAUCCUCGAUUUAUUAUACCGGUGUUACCAACAUAACAGAUUUAUAUGACAAAGUUUAUUUAUAAAAUCAAGCAUUAACAAAUCUUAAGGGCAGAUAACUAAUAAAAAAAACCAUACAAAAAAGGUAGAACUAUUGAUUAUUUAUUCAUGAAACAACUCAAACAACCUAUAAAACUAUGAUGUAAAAUCGAAGUUUAAAAAAAGAACACACAAGCAAAACUUAAUGAUAAAGUACCAUUCAUAUACUUAUAGUAUAUAUUACCCCGAAAUAAAAACAAAACAAAAACAACUAAAAACCAAGCGGAGGAAAAAGCAUAAUAAAAAAAACAUGGAAAAGUGUUUAAAACCAAUUCAAAACUACUGUACUGUGGCCAACUCGAAAGAAACUCGAAAAGAGAAAUCCCAAAACAGAAAACUAGAACGUACUUCUUCCCAAUUUUCUACUAAUAGAGUAGAACCGUACUUACACAUCAACCAAAUCAUAGAAGCUGCUACUGUAUUAUAUUCUUUUUCGGUAACCUAUUUAAACUGGAUUUUUUACUCUGAUUCUCACAAUACUAGCUGUCUUGUCAUAGUCAAAUCGAUGCAAAGUGGGAAAAUUUGGACCUGAACCCCCCAACUGAAAUGUUAUUUUCCGUUUAUUACCCAGAAAAAAUCAAUCAUAACUUUGUGAAAAUGAAUUAGUUUUUAGGAAACAUCCUAACGUUAUGUGAAAGUUUCAUGAAAAUUUAUUAAGUGUUACAGAAGUUACAAAGACAGGAAUUGUAAAUUCUUCGCCACAAAUUGAAUGUCUUUUGCAUAGAUUUUUUGAUCGGUCUCAAAUUCUGGGCAUUGUUGAAUGCAUUCUUAAAGUUUAUUAAAGUUUGGUGUGCAUUUUGUUAAAAACGAUCAACAUCCAAGUGAGAUAAAAAUAAAAUAUUUCAUAAUUUCUGAGAAAAUUUCACGUAAGAAAAACAUUAUUUUGAGGAAGAAUGGCCUUAAUGGGUAGAAUUCCAAUAAAAAAUUAAAAAAAAAAGCAUUAUUUCAGGUUCCUCAAUAUGCGGCUUCGAAUUUUUUUGGGUUUUGGGGUCAAAUUUUCCCACUGUGCGAUGUCGUAGAACUCGAACGCAAAACUUCAUAUUUUUUAUCUGUAAAAGCCAUCGCUUGGAUACGAUUUUUCACAUAAACCAAAUCCGAUCCCACUCAUGCAUCUAUGUCACUCUUGAGAAAAAAAUCCUCUUCCUGAACUCAAGAUAACGUUUUAAUUGAAUAAAAUUAAUCAUUUGAGGUGAAAAUUGAAAAGUCGAGCGGUAAUGAACGAAUACUGUCUUCAGAUAGUCUAAUCCAAAUCAAAGUAAGAAUCUUACUUGAAGUAAGAAUUUUACUUGAUUUUUGGGUCAGUACUUUUUAUGGAAAAUUAAUAGAGUAAGUGAAAACACGAGUGGUUUGAACGCAAGAUAGGUAGAUCAAUAGGUAUAACAUUGCGCUUAACCUCAAUCGACAGAACCGUGUAAACGCAGGGUCAAAAAUAGUUAUGAAAUUUCGAACGAUAUGUAUGGGAUUUGAAACAAAAUUACAAUUUAUGGAUAAUUGAGGGGUCUUAUUGUUCAAAUAAGUAAUCAGUCACAUUCUUUGAAAUAACUUGUGUACCAAUUAACAAAAUUUAUGCUUAAAAGCUUUCAAUAUUCUGACUGCGAGUUAGUUUUUCUUUGGCGAUUCAGAAGUGUUUCAGCAAAAUAUUCGAAUUUCGGAAAGCAUUUUUUUCAAAUGUAGUAGUAAAAAUAUGCUAAAAAAUGACUUGUUACUACUUGUAAAGAAUGCUUCUUUAUUUUAGAUACUACAAAAUUAAAAAAAAAAAUCAUUUAUGAGGAAUUAAGCAAUAAGCAAUUUUUCAACUCAAUAAAAAAGCUACGUUAAAAAUACGUUUUACAUACACUCAAGAGCCUAAUGCAUUGUAAAUACUUUGGUGAACAUUUUUAUAUUUUUUGCAGAAUUUUAAAAUCAGUAGUUUUUCUAGAAAACUAAUAUUUUGAAAAAAUUUCAUACAUUUCUGUGGAAUUUCUAUAACUAUUUUUUGGUUGGCCUACUAAUACAUAUUCAAGCAGCGGAGUAGCAUACCUAAGGAAUCUAGCUAUCCUGGUUUGAACGAGAUACUUAACAAGAGUGAUCUUAUUCAAAUUCUAAAAGGACUGCUAUGAUCUAUUUUUAUUAUUUCUCGAUCAACCUCUUAAUCGAGAAUUCUUGAAUUCCAAGGAAGGACCUGACUUCCUGUAGUUUCUGUACCGGAAUAGCCUUGGUCGAGAGCUUCUGACAUUCUAUUAGUUGACUCGACUUGGUGUAGUUCGAUGGUAUUCUUCUUGAGCUGCUACCAAUAAGAACGUCAAACUCGGACGUGUUACUUGAAACUGCUUUGUUGACCUCUCCGGAUUGGUUUUAAAAUCCCAGACAAAUAAACAAACAGACCUCUCCGGAUAACGGACUACCCGGAUUAACGACCCUUGAAUCUUGCUUUACCACUUUGUCUGCCCUCCUCAUUUCGGACCCUUUUUCAAUAUUCGAAUCUGCCUCGUGGGAUUGGAAAACUUCAUUGUCGCCUAGCGUGCGAAAUUGACAUCCUUUAAAAACAACGUUGCAGCACCGUCGACCGUUGAUGGCCUUCGAAAAUUCCUGCUACUGGCUUAGCUUCCCACGUCCGCGGACGCGACGCUUCACUGUGGGUCUAUUCAAGUGUCUCAUCUUUCUGUUCUUCUUUUAUGUUUAAAGUGCUACACUCACCUAAGACAUCUGCUCGGAGUGUUGUGUUUCCCUUAGCCACAACCGAACUUUUCGUUUACGACGAUGAAUCUAUCGUCGUCGUAUCUACGACAAUAGAUUCGUUCACUGGAAGAGCUGCCUGUCCGGUUUCUGUGGACACUCGAUAGCGUAAUGUCCCUUCUGGUUGCUCCUAUAGGCUAUAGCACAUGAUAGCUGAUUUUACUUCGAUGAUUAUCAUAAAACGCCCCCUCGCAACUUGUCGCAUCAUCAUCCGGCCACUCGACGUCCUGCCAAACCUUUGCUCGUAUAGUGUCCGCCGUCAUGUUGAUUCCUGACGCCUCGAAACCCAUCACUAUUGGUUCAUACUGCUUCGGAAGUCACAUCAGAAGAAUGUUCGACAUCCACCGGCCGAUGAUUUCGAACCCGAUCUCAGCUAGCUUGUGCCUCGUGGUCAUCAGCGAAUUGGCAUAUGCCUCGACUGAUUCACAAUCCACUAGCCGUAUCCCGGUCAUCUGCCGGAGAAGGCGAGAUUCCCGAAGAUAUUCGGUUUCUUCAAACGCUGCUCUCUGGCCGUUCCACGCUUCUUUAGCUGUCUGCGCGUUCUGUACCAAGAUGUAAUUGAUUGGCUCGAUACUGAGACAGAUGGUUGCCAGAGCCCGUUCCGACAAUUGCUGGGAUGGGUCGUAAUCGCUGCCCAUUUCCCUUCUCGGAUGAGCACCAUUUUCAUCGAAAAUGACCAAGAGCUGUAAUAUUCUUGGCCAUGCAAUCGCUGCGACAAAGGUAGGCUGCUGCCACCUGCAAUCUGCGCCCUUGCAAUCGUUCCGCUUCCCGCUUGACUGUUUCCUGAGAAACACUGACAUCGGUGUCCUCGAACAUGCCCCGCUUCACGCUUGUUUUGUCCAGUCAUCCUCUUUCCAAAAGCCGAAAAUUUUCACUACGUGUGAAUUUUUUUUAAACUUGUUAUGCCGUUGCUAUGACACUCGCUUCUGGGCUCAUAAUCUUAGAAAAUGAACAGAGUUAGUGAAAUCUAUUUUUAUUAUUUCUCGAUUACUACGACCAACAACUUUGAAUAGAGCUGAACCAAAGAUACCGUCACUUCAAGAUAAAGAAGUGGGCUUUGCCGCGAACAUACAUUCUUCUAUAUGGAUAUUCGAUGUUCGCAACGCCAUCUAAAGAGUUGGGGCAACAAAACUCACCCAUGUUACUAAGGAUACCAAAGUGUGUCUUAGGAAAACAAAUCGCAUUCAAAGUUAUUAUGGUUGGCAAUCAGUACAAUAGCGACAUCUACAUGGUUUACAAGCUGAAGAAUAUUUUUGAUUAUUUUGUUGAGUUAAUUGGAAAUCUGUUAAUCAAUUAAAUUGAAAUAAGAUUGUCUGGAUUAAAAACUAUCAUCACAACUUUUUCGAAACUAUCGUGGUUUGUAGAAGAAGAAAAGUAUUUAAUAUGCAGAAUCAAAUAAAACAAACAUUUUUUGGUUUUUGUCAAAAUUUACAAAUUAUUUAUUCAAAUAAUGUUAAAACUAAUUUACCUAAUAAAUAAACAAUACUUAAACUUGACUUGACUUCUCAGUUAUUUUGUUUUUUUCUUUUUUUAUCUAUUGUAAGUUGAUAGUUUAAAUAUUUAUCUACUAAUAAUGACACACAAUCAUAACAAAGAAUUUCCAAAAUAGAAUUGGAGAUAUUUUUCUCUAAUGCCAUGUGUUCAAUUAUGUCCUUGAGUUCAGAUUUCACACCAAGCGGGCCUAUCUGUCGAUUUAGUCCUGAAAAAUGACAUACGUGAGCUAUGUCUGAAUUGCUUGUUCAUGAAUUUGAUUUUAAACUCAACAAAUUUUAUUGAGACAUGAGUUUAAAAUCCAGCCAAUACGACGAUUCGAUUAUACAAUUGAAUUUAAUUCAAUUGUGAGUUGACUUAAAAAUUUUUGAGUUUUUUUCUUUAACCAAAAAGAAGAUACAACUUUUUAAAUAACUCGAAAAAAAUAUGAUUUUUUUUAUUGAAUGCGAAUGAAAAAUGAUUUCAAAACGACUUAAAAAAACAAAAAAUUAAAAGACAAAAAUAUGAAGUAGAUUGGAUUUUGAACCUUGCUACCGACACAAAAAUUUACGAUAUAAUCUUGGUUUUGAUGAAAGUAAAGAAAAUAGAUUUUUUGUAACAUCCAAUUUUAGUUCUUUUUUAAGGAGCAGUCUGCAUUGAAUUAACAAAAAAGAGUAAUAAAUUAAAAAAGAAAUGUUGUCUCUUAACUCCCUCCUACCCGUUGAUUAAAGUUUUUCCUGUUAUUCUUGUAGUAAUUAGAAAGCCUAAAUUUGUUUUUGCGUUGCUUUGAACAGAACAUUAAUAAUUUACCUUAGUGGGCCUUCUGGGGCUCUCAAAAUUCAAACUUCAAACUUUUUUAAAAAACAUUUAUAUCAGGGAAAAACAUUCAGGUACACACUGUGUAUCGUUCUAAGUAAGUGGUUUUCAAGGCAAUAAGGAUACAUUCAUAACGUUAAAAUUUUCGAAAAUAUCUUACCAUGGUAGCUUUCGACUUCGCGAGGAAUAUCACUAGCAUCCGGUAAAACUGGUGGAAAAUCUUUGGUUUCGAAUACGUUUUCAAAAAUCUUCGGGCAUUUAAGUGUUGGUUUCGCAUUUUGAAUAAGGCUAAAAAUCAAAAAAUCAAAAUGAUUGUCCGGUUGUUUCUUCGUACAAAAAAACUACCUACCCUUGGGAAUGGUUGGAUUUAUUAAUAAAAUCAUCCUCUGAGAAAUGAUUCUCGCAGAUUAAGUGGUGAGGCUUCAUGUCUGGAUUGCCGCUAAACUUUUUCCAGCACUCAAAUGAUCUGAAAUGUUCGAGAUCAUUCAAUUUAACCGAAUCUUAUCAAUUUUGAAAAUAGAACACUUACCUGCUUUUACCAGAUGCACGGAAGUAUGUUUUCUUUGCUAUUCCGGAUUUGGAAGCAAAACAUCCAACAACUGCACAGUUUUUGCGGCCCAUUUUGGUUGAAUGACUUCUUGAAAUUUAUGCUACCAAAACGAAUUCAAACAACGGCUACUUUGAUUUUUUUUUAACCUUUUUUGAAGUUUACGUUAUCAAAGACUCGAACUAUUAGGUAGUAAAUGUGCGGAUCGGACCUUAGUCUGCUGCAUCCUUACUUACCGCAAAGGAUACACGUCUGGUCUGUCCGGCGUCUAGAAUGCGAAAGAGGCUGAAUCACCUCGGAGCUCAUGCUUGUCGGCUGUCAUGACAUACUUAUACUGUAGGGUUGCUGCAUGACACGACAUCAUCUUCCCAGGGGUGUGCUGAGUACACACAGUAAAGAGGGUGUACAAGCUAUUUUCGCCGCCUGUUAUGAUACCCCCACUCAGAAGGGAGCAGCACUGAGCGUAUAGAAAGGAUUUUCGAUAAGUUACAUGGGUGUGGCUGAACUGUUGUGUUUGACGUUUUGUUUUACAUCCAACCUCAUCUCGAUUCGCGGUUGGCUACAUACAUACAUCAAGAAUGUACCAUUAGGAUGGUUUCCGGUGAAUAAUCCAUUUUAUAUCCCCACUCAGAUGCGACAAACCACUCCUCGAUGACCUUUUUCCGUACUUGUUUAACGCCAAACCCAGCAGAUAAACCUUUGUUUUUUUUUAGAAGGUGAAGGUGGUUUUUCAGAUAGCUCUGACUACACAGUUUGAGUCCGGGUCCUUUGGAAGGUUGUUCGAGACACUGACAUCCAAUCUAGCUAUUGCCACAUCCACAUUUGAAAACGGAAAGUAUCUUACAACGUAUAUGUUUUAGCAGCAUUUUGGGCAGCGGAAAGGAGAAACUUGGUCUACCUGAGGGUAUAACUUGGAAUACUUUAUUCAACUAACUUAUCGUUCCAUUUAUAAAUAAAUGAUUAUAAUAUUUUAAUGGCAUUGCUGAAUUCUAAGAUAGAAUUUUUUUUUAGAAAUUUGAAAUAUAUAGCUGGAUAGCUAGCGUGCUUCGUAGGAGAAGGUAAAGGUGGUGAAGGUGUAAGCUAAGGACAAUUUAUAAAGAAAGCUCGGAACUGAUCGGAUAAACUUUUGCUAGACUCACUGACUGACUAUGUAGGGGAGGCAAAGCCACCGCAGGUCCUCUUCUAAGUGUUUUCUAUUAGUUGAUAACCCAGGUGGUAAAUCUAGUUUACGGAUUGAAUUCCAAGGCACGGCUGGCCACCGCGUCCUUCCAGUUUGUUACUCUGGGUCCAUGGGUGCAAUUGGACGACACUUGAUACAAUGCUUCAAAUAACUUCAAGAAUUUGAUCCAGGAAGUCCAGAGACACAAAACAAGUUGUCUACGACACUUUCUCUGGUCGCACACGUAUAUCAGGCGAGGGGACCCCCAAACCACGUGUGAACCAAGAUUCCUUCGACACCUCUAGUGUUGACUCAAGUCCCCACUUUGCGGAACUACUCGAUUUGCGUACCGGGGGAUCAACAUCCCGAAGCGCAAAUCAAGCUGUCGACCGCACUUAAUCUGACCUAACACCUCGAGAUCUACACUGUGCAUCUUCUGACACCUCUUAUGCCUGACAUCUCUACAAGUGUUUACUUAUAAAUAGUCCACACUACUUUGCGCAACUACUCUUUUAUUGAGUUGAGUCUCGGAAGUCCCGAAACGCAUAACGCUCUCCCUCCGAUUGCAUCCGCAGUUCAGUGACAUAUCCCCCUAAACGCGAGUCAAACCCCUCACGUCUGACCCCUGGAUGCUGGUACUUGGCACCACUUCUUCCGUGCAGAUUUGGCAAGGAUCGUUUGACGGCCUCUAGUGGGUUUAGUGGUAGUUUUCUUAACCGUACAUCUGCAAUCGCCGGAACUUACAGACACGUUUCCAUCCUGGACCACGAUGGAGUUAAACUACCGACCAGGGCAGUCACCUUUUUUUUCAUUAGUUGAUCACCAGAUGGUAAACCCUUUUUACGGAUUGCAUUUCGAGGCACGACAAGCCACCGCGUCUCCCCAGUUUGCUACUCUGGGUCCAUGGGUGUAAUUGGUGACUCAUGAUACUAUGUACCCCUACACCAUAAAGUCCACCUGGGGCUUCUGGCCAUACUUCCCAUCCGGACCUGCAACGAAGGCUUAACCCGUGAUAGGCGACCAUACUCGCGCAAAGCGUACUACUCCAGCCAAGCUCUCCCCCUCUACUGUCUACGAUUCGCGACUCACGGCGGGACAAUCGUUCGCCGCUACUCGUGACUCGAAACCCACAUUCGGCCUCUUGUCACAAUUUGAGACUUUGGUGAGGCGCUCCACACACACCUCACUUAACGUGUCCUCCGUGUCAACUCUUCGAGACUUAAUCUGAGGCCCGACUUCUGCUCGUAAGACUUGAGGUCUGGGCACCACAUGUUUCCGGCACAAGGUCCUCUUCUCUACCCGCCGUGUGCCAAUCAUAUCCGCUAAUCGGGGCCAGGAACUCCCCCAAAAAGCAGACCGAUUAACACUAGCUCGACGACCCGUCCACUUGCAACUGAGCACUGGUAUCAAGGCACCCAGUCGCAUCACGUUUGCGCCACACUCGGUACGCAGGCUGUCAUCGAAGCUAGACAGUACCAAAUGUAACGUGUAGUUCUCUUGGUCGUACACCUGCAGGUGACAAAUCUGCAGACACGUUUCCACUCUGCACCACGGGGAGGUGAAACUACCCCUACGUCUGACACCUGGAUACUAUUACUUGGUACCCAAAUGCACCACUUCUUCCGCGCAAAUUUGGCAAGGAUCUGUCGACGGCCUCUAGUGGGUUUAGUGGUAGUUUUCUAAGUCGUACAUCUGCAAUCGCCGGGACUUACAGACACGUUUCCGCCCUGGACCAAGAGGAGGUGAAACUAUCGGCUCAUGGCAGUCACCCUAGAGUGGCUUAGGUGAAUAUACACCUAGGCCCUUAUGCUGCGCCGCACGUGAGUUGACGAUAGUCGAGUCACCUUACCGUCACGGGACUCUAGUCACCAUAUUACGAUAGUCGGUGUAAGUGAAGUGACAGGUUGAUUCCCAAAGUUCAUCCGAAGUUACGUUCACUACCUAAAGCGACUCCUGGAGUCGAGUGACUCGGCUGACUCGACUAUCGUCCCCUCACGCGUGGCGCGGAAUGACUAAUACUUCUAUUUCAAAAUUUAUAUCCCUGGACCUCCAAAACUGGCGUCUUCGAACAUUGCGAAUUCAAAAAAGGAUUCGGGUGUGGAAGUAAUAAGCAAUCACAGAUAAAAGUCGUGACCUUGAGUGGCGGAUUUUCCUCUAUAUGGUUGUCAACCAUUCGUACGAAGUUUUCGUUAUGAUAUUACCUAUGAUCUUCCGUCGUUGAGGAGUUCGGCGAACCGCAUUGAACUCACAACAAAAAGUGCCAACCAUAUUUGGGUGACGGGUCUCUUAGAACGAAUACCUCGUCGCCCGUCACCCAAAUUGGUAUGAAGGAGUGAUGAACGGUUAGAAUCUUUUGGUUUGGAGAGUUUAUCCUAGAUUUUUCCAUAAACAUUACGAAAAACUCAUCAUGCCGGAGUGAACAAAACACCGGAAUCUUUUCAACGUUUGAUAGAUGUGGGAAGCCAAAGGAGUAAAUUGAGGUUGGAAAGAAAUCCUAAAUUUUGAAGCCUUCGUUCCAACUCUGUUAUGAAAUGACCUUCUUUUAGUCAAGAAAAUUUCCGAAUGAGCUAGCGUCUUGUAUAUUGGGUUACAAAAUUCCUACUCUCUGGAGCCACCGCUGAGUUAAAAAUACGUAAUCAUACUCAAAUUGAAAUCUGAGAGGCUAUCCGGAAGGGGCGCUUAGGCCACCCACUUAUAAAGUUGUCAGGAAAAUUUAUUCUUAGAAUAAAUACAGAAGAUUAGCAGCAAGCAAAGUCCUUAUAUCACAUGUUUUGACUAUCUGGCAAAAGCGACGUCUUUUCAUUUUAAGCAAGAAAAGGGAAUUUUCCGUGUUAUAGCCUCAAAACACUCAAAAACAAAACAUGCAAGGGAAGGGCUAAACAAGGGAUCGACAUUUCAAAGAAAUCGACCAUCCGUUGAUGGUUCAAAAGUGAAUUGUUUACUUCUUCUUCUUCUGUUACUUCUAAUUUCAACAUGACCAAAACUUGUAAGCAUCCUGGAAAAUGAAUGACUUGCGUCUGUCACUUUUCAUUACAACGUUGAAUCUGUUACAUAUUGAAUGCAUUACAGAUAACUCUACGGCCAGACCAACCAUGUGAUGAAAACCGCAAAAGAUACAGCAUCAACGUUGAGUUCCCUGCCAAACGUUCAUAGGAUUUGUUAAUAUAUUUAUGAAGAAUAUAAAUAAAAAGAACCAAAACUACUAUAUAUAAAAAGAACCAAAACUACUGGAUUGAUCUCACCAAAAACUACCGAAGCUUGACGCAGGCAGAUACAAAUGUUGUUUGAUUGAUGGCAUUUUUUCCAGCUAAGAUGUCAUUUCUUGUGGACUUCAGCAAACUUCAGAAUUUUGUUGACUAUAGUUUCUUUAAGGUGAUUUAAUUUGUCUAGCGAAUCCAAUCCACAAUUUCCUUCACAUAAUUUCUUUUCCAGGUUUUCUCAAUUCCAUUUUUUUUUCUUGACUUUCACUGUCUCACGAAAUUCUUCAGAAGUUUAUUCUGCAAUUCCAAUUCUCGUAACUUUCACAUAAACGGUUUCUUGGGAGAACUCUCAAACAGUUUAAUUGAAUUUGGUUGUUGAAAAUGCGUUCUUUGCCAUGAAAUUUGUAUAAAAUUUACGGAGCCGACACAAACGCUUGAUGUCAGUUUGGCAUACGCCUACUUCUGGUUCAAAAGUGAAUUGUUUACACUAAAAAUCUCUUAAUGACGAAUCCAUAAACUUAACGAUCUCACUUAGAGCAAGUUCACUCGUGUUGGAAAAAAAUGGUAGAAAUUUUUACACUUGUAGUACAUUUUGAAAAUUUUACCAUGCGAAAAGAUUUCAAUAAUAGCAGCUGUCAAGUAUUUUUUUUUUACAAGACUUGUUCUAUAUUCGCAUGCUGUGAUGCAAAAAAAAGUUUGAUUUCUAUCACAUAUCACAAAAAUAGAAACAGUGUUGUAAAAACAAAUUUGACGGCCAAAGAUCUUGAAAACACUUUUGCAUGGUAAAAAUUUCAAAAUGUGCUACAAGUGUCAAAAUUUCUACUACUUUUUCCCAACAUGAGUGAACUUGCUUUUAAAAGUUUGUGGAAAUUUUAACUUUGGCAUACCCGAGGCUCAUGAAACUGACGUCCCGUCCAGGUCCUGCCAUCUCGGGUUUAAAUAAUUCAUCUCUUUCCAAAAAAGGCUCCGGUCGACGUUCGGGACAAAACUUGGCUGUGAUGGCUAUGUUUGGGAACUGCAGUGUUUUCUAUUUGUCAAUUCUCAUCGUAUUUUGAUCUGAAAAUAUUCAAGAAUAAUUUUGCAAUAAUUCAUAUCUACAAACACUUCCGAUCAAAAACAAAACUUCAAUAACAGUCAAAUACCGAAAAGGGAAAAAAGUAAUUGAAAGAAAGUAGAAAGCCGAAAAAAUUAAAUAGGAAACUUAAAACAAAACUAAAUUUAAUAAAAUAUAAAAAAAAUCACACCUACGACGGAGGAACAAAAUAGAAAGGCAUCGAUUCGGAGAACGUUUUCUUAAAAUUAGAGGCAUGCGGCAAUGUUUUUGUUUGUUGACUAACUAUUUCGAGGGGAAGAGCAAAUUAAUAGACAAAAAAGGAAAGCUACCGAAAAUGAUUAUCCUUAAAUAAGCGACCAUACCACAAACUGUUGUAUGCAAGUGAUGAAGUGCAAACAGACAAAAAAAGCAAACUACAUAUAAAGAAAUACAUAAAAUAAAACUAAAACGAUAGACAUGAAAGAAAGAAAACAAAAAUAUGAUUGAUACCAAAAUAAACAAAAUAAAAAACAAGCACUAAGACGAACCAGCAGAAAAAAGAGGAGGGAAACCCAAAAAUUAAAGAAAAAGAAAG